UCCGUGCCAGCACAGCCAUCACAGCUUGCGAGAACGUCGGACAGUACGGUUUUGUUUGGUGCGGAGAUCUGAGCUCCUGUGGAUCCGUCCUUUGUGGAUACAGCGUCCCAUCGGUUUGGUGUGUGCCCCAUCUGGUUGUGUAACAACUUUAGAGCACGCGAAUCUGGGUGCGAAUCUUAUUCGGUGCCAACGGUCCACGUGAGCUUCAGGCAAAACCUGUACAGUUUUCCCGUGUAUCGAACCCUGUUUUCCCUGUCGUCAGAAGGUUGUGAUAGUGGGUGUGUCGGUGUGUUUGUGCGUUGAAGAAUUGUUACAUAAUCGUUGAGAUAACCCAUUUAGACGCCAACAGUAAGUUCGAGAGAAUCCACAAAGACCACAGUUCAAACACUUUCCAGUAAAGUAGCAACACAUACCAAAAGACCCAGAAAACAACAGACAGCAAAAUGACGUCGAUAAACGUGGAAAAGUACAAACUGUCCGACAAAACGGCAAAGCUCACAGCCAAAGACAUCAUCCCGGUGGUGCAGUCGUCCGAUUCGGCGGAGACGCGCGAGUUCCUGAACAAAAUCGCCGAGCUGCUGGUCGACUACGUCAACAUACAGAACGACCGGAAGGAGAAGAUCCUUGACUUCCACCAUCCGGAGGACAUGAAGAAGCUGCUCACGCUGGACAUCCCCGAGGACGCGGUCACACUGCAACAGCUGGUGAAGGACUGUGCCAUGACGCUCAAGUACCAGGUCAAGACAGGACAUCCCCAUUUCUUCAAUCAGCUGUCGUGCGGUCUGGACGUGGUGUCGAUGGCGGGCGAGUGGCUGACGGCAACUGCCAACACCAACAUGUUCACGUACGAAAUUGCCCCAGUGUUCAUCCUGAUGGAGAACGUCGUGCUGUCGAAGAUGCGCAAGAUCAUUGGCUGGGACGGUGGUGAUUCGAUCCUGGCGCCCGGUGGCUCCAUCUCGAACCUGUACGCGUUUCUGGCCGCCCGGCACAAGAUGUUCCCGAACUACAAGGAGCAUGGGGCACGUGCCCUGCCCGGUGAGUUGGUCAUGUUCACGUCGGACCAAUGCCAUUACUCGGUCAAGUCAUGUGCGGCCGUGUGUGGGCUCGGCACGGACAACUGCGUGAUGGUACCGUCGGACGAGCACGGCCGGCUGAUUCCGGCCGAGCUGGAGCGGCUGAUUCUGGAGCGCAAGGCACGGGGCCAGAUUCCGUUCUUCGUGAAUGCGACUGCCGGCACUACCGUGCUCGGUGCGUUCGAUCCAAUCAAUGCGGUGGCCGACAUUUGCGAGAAGUACAACUGCUGGUUCCACGUUGAUGCCGCUUGGGGUGGUGGUUUGCUGCUGUCGAAAAAGUACCGCCAUCCACGCUUUACCGGCAUCGAAAGAUGCGACUCGAUCACAUGGAACCCGCACAAGCUGAUGGGUGCGCUGCUGCAGUGUUCAACGAUUCACUUCAAGGAGGAUGGUCUCCUGAUUAGCUGCAACCAGAUGUCCGCCGAGUACCUGUUCAUGACGGACAAGCUGUACGACAUCAGCUACGACACCGGCGACAAGGUGAUCCAGUGCGGCCGGCACAACGACAUCUUCAAGCUGUGGCUGCAGUGGCGCUCCAAGGGUACGGAAGGGUUCGGCAAGCACAUGGACCACCUGAUGGAGCUGGCCGAGUACGAGGUGAAGCGCAUCAAGCAGCAGUCGGACAAGUUCUACCUGAUCAUGGAGCCGGAGUGCGUGAACGUUUCCUUCUGGUACAUCCCGAAGCGCCUGCGCGGCGUACCGCACGACGCGAAGAAGGAGCAGGAGCUGGCCAAAAUCUGCCCGAUCAUCAAGUCGCGCAUGAUGAUGUCCGGCACGCUGAUGGUCGGCUACCAGCCGGACGACCGUCGUCCGAACUUUUUCCGCUCAAUCAUUUCCUCGAUUGCCGUCACGGAGGCGGACGUUGAUUUCAUGCUGAACGAGAUCGACCGUCUCGGGCAGGAUCUGUAAGCUGCCGGCGAGGUCGGCGAUGGGUGUUGUAUGUGUGGAAGUACGUGCCAAAAACGCAUUUAAAAGUGCACAGACACACAUUUUAAAACAAAUCGAAUCCAACCAAUGAGUAUCAGUUGUGAAGACAUAUCAAUAUCUUCAACCAAGUUGUAGUGUGGUGUGGCCACAUCUCCAGACGCCACACGCAAAGGACAAACUGGCGAGCCAAAACAUAAGCACACACACACAUAAAAAACUGGCUUUAUUUAUCAUAACGAAAUCUGUGAGUGUGGUUUUAAAAUCGCAAUAACCGUUAUUUAAGAUGUAAUACUAGUUUAGAUGAACCCCCACUCCGCGUAGGGAAGAGAUUUAUUUCUGUUAGCUGCAUAUUAUGUCAAAGACAUAUCACUUUGUUCGGAACCCUUGUUAAACGGAUGCAUUUAAAUCUUCC